GUCGCAAACUUACGAGGUUGGCUCCGUAAAAUUACACCGUGGUUUUGCAAUAAAUUAUAGACAUUUAAGUGUAGGUACCUAAUCCUCGGUCCCGUUACCUAAUCCACUAGCAUGGUUAGCUUAGAGAAGCCGCAGCGGUGCGCAGCGGAAAGCAUGUCGGUGGAUUACGUACCCUUGAACUAUCAUUUUAAAACAAGUGACCGUCAAGUGACGAAACGUGACGGGCUGAUACAAAAGAUUUUUAUUGUAAUUUUUGUGGUUGUUAAAAAUUACGAAUUAAAUAAAUUCAAAAAAGCUUAAAACAUUGAUAUAACUUGUUUAUCUAGGACGAAUAUUUUUAUUUUGGUGUAACUAUUGUAGAGUCUAAAAUUUUACAAAAAGGGAAACAUGCAAGAAUUUAAAAAUAGAAAUAAAAAUAACGAUGGUGAUGUGUCUGAAAAAAAAAGUGUAAUAAAGGAAAAUGUAGAAAAGGUUGAAGAAGAUCCUAGGCCACAUCCCCCCUCACCGGAUUCCAGAAAAAUCAUAUCACUUAAUGUGCUUUCUCGAGCAAUAGUUAUAACAUCAUUAUUGAUUGUAGUUUAUUUUUCAUCCAAGGAUGAUAAGAUGAAAAUUUUUGCACGUCAUACAGUAUUUUUAGCUGGAAAAGGUCAAAUACUCGAAUGCUCUUUGAAUUAUCUUAAGGAUAUAGAUAAAUACGAGGGAUGCUUUCCUAAAGAAUGUAAACGAUUUGUUACUGAUAAAGUUAUAUCACCAAAAGAAACGGAAGAACUGUUAGUAAUGGCAAAGAAAGGAUUUCAACAAUAUGAUUCUACUGAGGGAAUCACCACUCUUGAUUUAGAUAGUGGAGCCCUUACAAAUGGUGUACAUAACGUAAAUAUUUACCAGAAUAAAGACAAAUCAGCAUUUUGGAUAGAAGACUUUAAUCUAUUUCGGAAUGUGAAAGAGAAAGUAAAAUUUGCCAUUGUCCAUCAUUUCGCGGUUGAACCAAGCAAAAUCUUUUUGACUCGUCCAGCGUUGUUCAUGGAAAUCAAAAAGUUAUCUUCAGAAAAAUCUAAAACUUUUCCUAUAACAUAUUGGCAACCUCACGUAGAUAAUGAUUUUGACAAUUCUUAUCACUUCACUGCUGUGCUCUAUUUGAGCAAUUACAACAAGGAUUUUAAAGGUGGCCGCUUCGUUUUUGUUGAUGAAAAUGUCAACAAAACUAUAGAGCCUAGAAAAAGUCGUCUCAACAUGUUUACUAGUGGCGGCGAAAAUCGAUAUUACAUUGAGAAAGUAACAUCUGGCAUUAAGUAUAUUGUUAUGUACUUUUUUACAUGUGAUAAACAAUAUGCAAUAGAAGAUCCUAAAAUGACAAAAUAUCUAAACUGAAAUGUUCGUUUUUUUGGACUUUCUUACCGAGUGUGUUUUCGGUGUUAUUGCUACCACUGGUGUCAGAUUUUAUGUAAACACGUAAAAACAACACGAAUUUUACAACAACCUAUCGCCAUCUAGUGGCAAGUAGUCACAUAUACUCUAGUAAACUAAAUAAUGGAUUACUUACCUACAAAAGCAGUACCUAUGAAGGAUCCUCCGAUGAUCACUUCUUUUUGUUUAUGAAUACAUAUAUGAGUUGGUUGGAUAA